GGGCGAAGUGGGGAAAGUUUGUUCUCAGACAUAUCCAUAGUCACUAACUAUAACAUAAAGGACUCUUUUCAAGAUGGGAUGAACCUACUUUCGUACCAGCAAGAUACAAAAUAGCACUUGGGAAUGGAAAUAUGGCUGCUUGGCGAAAUCAGCGUUCAAGAACAAGAAAGACUUUACGUAUGCUUGAACGAACUGACUCGACAUUCUUUGAUACGUUCCUAAAACUACCUAAAACUGAUAAAUAGGUUGGCGUUUAUUGAUUUGCUUUAGCUAGGAACUGCAUUAUUGAAGUUUCAAUCUGCAUUCAAUCGACAACUAUAUGAUGAAAGCUGUCUAUUUGUGUGUCAAUACGACUUUUACUUUUUAGCUUCUCUUUCCGCCUGAACAACUACUAAGUAAGGUUUUAAAAAAAUCUUUUAUGAUAAUUCAUAAGCUUUUGCUGUAAGUUAUGCCAACGACAGAAUUUCUUUUUGCUGUGAAACAAGGAGAUAAAGAGAAAGUACAUGCUUUACUUGCUGCUGGAGAUGUUAUUAUCGACCUUGUUGACAAUGAUCACAAGACAGCUUUAAUUUAUGCUGUUCAAAAUCAAGAUGUAGACAUCAUAACUUUGUUGAUAAAGUAUCGCGCUAAUUUAGAUACGCCUGGGCAGGAUUAUUUUCGUUAUUAUGACAAGGAAGAUAGAAAACCACCCUUGAUACAUGCUGUCCAAAGUGGAAAUGAGGAAAUUGUGAAUUUAUUAAUUCAUUCUGGAGCUGAUGUCAACAAAAGUGAUAAAAAUGGCAAAACUGCAUUGUUCUAUGCUGUUCAGCAAAAUAAUGAGGUUCUGACGAGGUUAUUGAUUCAUUCUGGAGCUGAUGUCAACAAAAGUACUGCAUUGUUCUAUGCUGUUCAGCAAAAUAAUGAGGUUCUGACGAGGUUAUUGAUUCAAGCUGCAAUUGAUUCUGAUGGUAGCAAUGAAGACAACUCUGAUUCUGAUGGUAAUUAUGAACGUGAGACUGGUUUGCUACCUGUGCAAAGUGGUUCAGGUGCUGAAAUUAACAAGACAGAUAGAUUUGGUAAAACUACUUUGAUAUAUGCUGUGAAAAAUGAAAACAAAGUCAUAAUCAAUCUAUUGUUAAGUUCUAAUGCAGAUGUUAACAAAGUGGAUGACCAUAGUUAUUGUGAUGGCGAUUGUGAUGGCAAAUCUGCUUUGAUUCAUGCUGUGGAAACAGAGAAUUCAGAAAUUGUCAACCUAUUGAUAAGAUCUGGUGCAGACGUCAACCACACUGAUAAAAAAGAUAAGAAUGCAUUGUUCUAUGCUGUGAAACAAAAUAAUGUGGUUUUAACAGAGGUGUUGAUCCAGGCUGGAACAAACAUAAACAAAGCUGACAAAUAUGACAAGACUGCCUUGUUUUAUGCUAUUAAGCAAAAUAAAGAGGUUUUGACAAAGUUUUUGAUCCAGGCUGGGGCAGAUGUAAACAAAGUUGAUUCAUUUGGCAAAACUGCAUUGUUUUAUGCUGUACAAAAUGACAAUAUGCUGUUGACAAUGCUAUUAAUUCAAUCUGGGUCUAGUGUAAACCAUCAAAUAAUGGAAAGUUAUUCUAUUAGAGAAUGUAUUCAGGGACAAACAGUUCUGUUCUUAGCAGUGAAAUUAGGCCAUGUGGAACUUGCUUCAAGAUUGCUUGGCAAUGAAACUGGAGCCAGCCUUGAUAAAAACGUAACAGAUAAGAAAGGUAAAACAGCUCUGUUUUAUGCUGUACAGUAUGGUAAAAAGGAAAUGGUUCAAGUGUUACUAACCUCUGGUGUUGAUGUCAAUAUAACUGAUUGUAAAGGCAGAACGGCUUUAUUUUAUGCCAUCUCACGAAAGAAAGAAAUAGUGCAUGCUUUGAUUAAAUUUGGAAUUGAUGUAGACAUAACUGAUCUCAAAGGUAAAACGGUCCUGAUGCAUGCCAUUGAACGUGGAAAAGAGAAAAUUGCCUCUUUAUUGAUUGAAUGUAAUGUGGAUAUCAAUAUUACUGACAACAAUGGGGAAACAGCUUUAUUUUAUGCUGCUGUGCAUAAAAGAAAAAUGAUAGACACUUUACUUCAUGCUGGUGCUGAUGUCACUAUAGUAAACAAUGAAAACCAAACUGUGUUAUUCAAAGCUGUUCAACAUAGCAAGCACAAGAUCACUAAAGCAUUAAUUAAUGCAGGAGUAGAUGUAAAUGUGCUGGACAACUGUGGUCAAUCAGUCUUGUUUAAUGCUGUCAAACAUGGCAGUGAAAAGACAUUUCAGUUAUUGAUAGACUCAAAUAUCAAUGUUAAUGUUAUUAAUAGUAAAGGUGAAACUGCAUUAUUUCAUGCUGUUCAACUUAAGAAAACAUCAACAGUUCUUAAACUAACUGCAGCUGGUGCUGAUGGUAGUACUCUGAAAGAUGGAUUGAUCACUCCUGUCAAAUAUAACAAUGGUGAAAUUGUGCAUGCACUGAUCUGUGCUCAUGCAGAUGUAAACAAAAAAGAUUGCCAUGGUAAAACAGCUUUGAUUUAUGCUGUUGAGUAUUGUAAUGAAGAGAUUGCACAAGCAUUGAUUAAUGCUCAUGCUGAUGUGAAUAUUACUGACAAUAACGGACAGAGUGCACUGUUCUUUGCAGCACGUUUUGACAUUAAGAAGAUAAAAGAUGCUGAAAAAACAGGCACAUUGAGCUUUCAGAGGAAAAAACUGGAUAUAGCAAAGGCAUUGAUUACUGCAAAAGCUCAAGUAAACAUAGUUGAUAAAGAAGGAAAGACAGCUCUAUUUUAUGCUGUUGAAAAGGGAAAUACAGAAAUGACACAUGAAUUGAUUUUGGCUAAUGCUGAUGUAAAUAUUACUGAUAACCAACACAAGACAGCACUGUUUUAUGCAGUUGUUAGAAAGAAAGAGAAAGAUCUGCAAUUGACACAGACAUUGAUUAAAGGUGGAGUUAAUGUAAACAUAAAGGAUGUAGAAGGAAAAACUGCUUUGUUUCACAUUGUGACCCAUAGUAGUAAGUAUGAUCUUGUUUCUGUAUUGAUAGGUGAGGGUGCUGAAGUUGACAUUGUGGACAAUAAGGGAAAGUCUGCUCUUGUAUAUUCAAUUCAUCAUGGAAAGGACAAAGUUGCAAAUGUAUUGAUGGAAGCUGGUAUCAAUGUUAACAUUGCUGAUAAUGAAGGCAAAACAGCGCUAUUUUAUGCAGUUGAAGGGCUGGAGAAAAAAAAGAAAGGAAAGAAAAGAAAACUAGCUAUCAUACAAAGCCUGCUUGACCUUGGAGCUGAUGCCAACAUUACUGAUAAAGAAGGCCGGACUGCUCUUCAUUGUGUUGUCAUUUCUGGAAAUGAUGAAGUUGUCGAUGUAUUGAUUAAGGCUGGUACUGAUGUCAACACUAUUGACAAUAAAGGCAAAACAGCUCUUAUUUAUGCAGUUGAUCUCGGAAAAUUCAGUGUUUCGCGAUUACUGAUUGGUGCUGGAGCGGAUGUUAAUAUUGCUGAUGGUCAUGGCAAUACUGCUUUGUUUUAUGCAGUACAACUCAAAAAAGGCAAAAUUGCAGAGGCUGUAAUCGAUGCUGGAGCCGAUAUCAAUAUAAUAAACAAUGAAAAACAGACGCCACUAUUCUAUGCCUGCAGACAAAGGUACCACUGUUCUCGGCUUAUUGACGCCACCACUGUCRAUCAACGAGACAAAGAAGGCAAAACAGCAUUAUUUUAUGCUCUACAACAUGGCAACGAAUUCAUGACGCAUCAUAUUUUAAAGGCUGGAGCUGAUAUCAACGUUAUUGACAAUGACGGUCGCACGCCUUUAUUCUUUGCAUUUAAGAUGCAUUGCAUUAGUAAAUUGAUUGACGCACAGACUGUCAAUCAAGUUGACAAACAAGGAGAAACAGCGCUUAUUGCUGCAGCUAGGCAAUAUGAUGAAGAGAUUGCAUGUCGUAUUGUUGCUGGUGGUGGAGAUGUCAAUGCAAUUGAUGACGAAGGGCAGACACCACUAGUCCAUGCCGUCCACUCACGGAAAAUAAAGUUAACACGUGCACUAAUUGAAAAGAGAUGUGAUGUCAACGUGUCUGAUAAAUAUGGCGAAACUGUUUUGAUUACAGCUAUUAGUCGACGUUACAGCAAUGAAAUUGCAUUAGAGCUUAUCAAUGCUGGAGCUAAUGUCAAUGCAGUGGACCGCGAAGGGAAGGCACCAAUAGCAUAUGCAGUGGAAAGAGACACAUCUGAUAUGAUGCAGGUAGUUAACGCGUUAAUCAGAAGAGGUAGUGAUAUCAAUGCUAAUGACAAAAAUGGCCAAACUAUUUUAAUGCAUGCAAUUCAAUACGGUAAAGAAAUUCCACUCGCAAUUAUUAAUUCUGGAGCUGAUGUGAAUAUUGCUGACAAAUGUAGACAAACAGCUCUUUUUCAUGCCGUAAAUAAUCGAAAAGUCGAGCUAGUUCGAGCACUGAUUGCCAAAGGUUGCGAUGUUAACAUCACCGAUAAGGAUGGCUGGACAGCAUUGAUCCAUGCUGUUCAUCGUCGAUACAAAGAAAUCGCUAGUAUUAUCAUUGCAGCCGGUGCUGAUCUUGAUAUUGCAGACAACAAUGGUCGAACUGCAUUAAUUCAUGCAGCAGCGAACCAAUCAUACAUGUAUUACCAGGAGCAAGAAACUGCAUUUGAAAUCAUUGGUGCUAGUGCUGAUGUUAAUAUUAAAGACAACAACGGCCAGACAGCAUUAUUUCAUGCCGUAAAAUCUGGUAAUGUAAAGUUAACAGAACUACUUAUUGAAAAGGAUAGUGAUAUCAACUUAACGGACUAUAAAGGACAAACACCACUACUUCUUGCUGUCCAUUUCGGCAAAGUAAAGCUGGUACAGUUGUUAAUUGAUGCUGGUGUUGUUGUGAAUGUUCAAGACAAUGAAGGCCAGACGGCAUUAUUUCAUGCCGUAAAAUGUGGUAAUCUAGAGUUAACACAACUCCUAAUUGAAAAGGAUAGUGAUAUCAACUUGAUUGACAACAAAGGACAAACAGCUCUGGGUUAUGCGAUAAUGUUGGGUAAAGAGCAACUUUGUAAAUUACUAAUUUCAGCUGGAAGCGAUGUCAAUGUUCUGAAUCAGAAGGAAAUAUUGAUGUUUCAUGCUGUUAAGAAUAACCUCUUCCAUUUCGGCAAAGUAAAGCUGGUACAGUUGUUAAUUGAUGCUGGUGUUGUUGUGAAUGUUCAAGACAAUGAAGGCCAGACACCUUUAUUUCAUGCCGUAAAAUGUGGUAAUCUAGAGUUAACAGAUUUCCUUAUUGAAAAGGAUAGUGAUGUCAACUUAAUUGACAACAAAGGACAAACAACUCUGGCUUAUGCGAUAAUGUUGGGUGAAGAGCAACUAUGUAAAUUACUAAUUUCAGCUGGAAGCGAUGUCAGUCUUCUGAAUCAGAAGGAAGUAUUGCUGUUUCAUGCUGUUAAGAAUAACCUCUUGGAAAUCACACAACAUUUGAUUGACCAAGGUACCUUUAUAGAUCCAAGAGAUGAUUUGGGAAGAACACCAUUAUUUUACGCUGUUAUAGAAUCAGUAUCAAUAACUCGCCUGCUUCUGUCCAGGGGAGCGAAUUUGCAUGCAAAAGACAGUAGCAAUAAUGACGCCCUUUCGUUCUUUGUUGAUAAUUGUGCAGUAAAGGCAAAGAAAGAAGAGCUUGGUAUACGUGAAGUAUUUCAAAUUUUUGAUGAAUAUGRAUUUGGAAGAAAAAACAUCGUAACUUCAAUACUCAAUGCAUUGUUCCAUCAUGUGUUCUGCUCAAACGARUUAUCAUCCCGCUACAACAGAGAGUCAAAGCUUGUAGAUCUCGUAAAUCUCGUAAAUCUCGCAGCUCAAUACCAGGAUGAAGACAACCCUGAAAGAAAGGAGGCUAUCGAGCUAAUUUGCAAGAAAAUAGAAGUUCUAACGAGCAAUGCAGCUSUUGUUGAUAUCCUGUCGCUGCUCAUUAAGCUAGGCGUGGACCCAAACAGUGCCGACUUGCAUGGCAACACAGCACUUCAUUAUGCUGCAUGUCUACCGCUGUACAGUAAGCCUCAGGAAACAGUGCUGGAAAUAUGGAAUUUACUUGAAAWGUCUGGUGCAAGAUUGAACGCUGUUAACCACGACAAACAAACKCCCUUUUUGUUUUGUUUGUCAAAGUAUCUUUCAAGCGAAGCGAGAGAGGGCUUUGRAACGAUGUUCUAUUUUUAUGGCGGCUGGAGAAAAGAAGAAGUACAGGGGAUUGCCUAUACUUGUAAAUUUUUCCUUAAAGAUGACUCAUCGCUUAAUCAAGUAUCAAGCAAAGGUGAUUCUUUUUUUCACUACAUCAUGRGGAUUUUCCAAAAGUUGUUUGCUCGCCGGUACUCCGCUCCCACCAACAAGUUUCCCACCGAAAAGAUGUCUUACUAUCAAGAGGUAUCUCAAUUACUGCACCUGCUUCAGGAGACAGAUAUCAAAAAGCAAGAAAACGCAGCCAGAAGACCGAAUGACAAACUCGAGACACCGYUACAUAUAUGGGCAACUUUAACCCAUGAGAAUAAUGAAGUACCAAGUGAAAYAUUUGAAAAGCUAAUGAGUAUGCUUCUGGAGUAUCUCCUAAAGUACGGCGCUAAAGUCAACGCCAGGAACGAAAAUGAUGAAACACCUUUGCACUUGUGCCAAACUUGGUGUGCAGUGCAGCUUUUGAUUGAUGCUGGUGCUAAUGUCAACGAUGYGGAUUCAUCUGAACGUACACCUUUACUCGCUGCUGCCGUCAGGUACAAACAAGGCUACCGGGAAAGAUUUUUUAAUGAUUGCACAGAUGAUCCUGRWGUMUUUUGGARGAAMGCYAUYGACAAAGGUCUUAAUCCAUGGGCAUGUGACAAGGACGGCGAAUCAGUGCUGAGCUUUUUGCUGAGUUCAGAUAAAGGUUUCAAAUUAUCGGAGGCAUUGGUUCAAGUGGCCUGCGAUAACAGCUAUUGCAAGAGUUUGAAGGAUUUAGUCACACUUUUGAAUGCAAUUUGCAAGGAUAUGAGUUCUAAUAACCUUUGGAAAGAAAAUCUUGUCGAAAAGCUGUUGAAGGUUAAAGACGAUAAGCUUGAUUUGAAUGUCGCUCUGAUACAUUGCUGUAGGAAUCUAGACGAACACAUUCGGAAAAACUCAGAGAGAUCAAUAAAGAAGGAGAAUUUCGCCGAAUCUGUUUUCUGGAAAAUUUCACAACGCCUCCAUUUUUAUGGAGCCGAUUAUAGUACACCUGAUUCUACUGGAGUAUCAUGCCUUGACAUCGCAGAGUCUUGUCCAGUCCUUAAAUAUCUAAUUUCUCAACCCAUAGACAUCGAAAAAGUACCGAUAGCCAUUCCAUGGAAGCAGUCAACAGAAAAACAUCGCGACAAACUGGCCAAAGUGGUUAGACGCCAAGAAUGUAAAGUGGUCCAACACUACUGGCAUCACCAGGUAGAAAUUGCAAGCGGCUCAUUUGGAGAGGUUUUUGCAGCAAUCGAUUCACGUGACGGGCGUGAAGUUGCCGUCAAAAGAAUCGUUAAUUCGCGGAUGACCAGUCCACGGGAUAUGCGAGAGAUUGACAACCUCAUUUCAAUAGAUUGUCAACAGGUUGUUCGCUAUCUUUCUUAUUCUGAAGAUGAGAAUUUCGUUUAUAUAGUUUUGGAGCUUAUGGAGGGAAGUUUAGAAAGUGCCAAUUUCCUUCACGACAAGUCAUUCGACAUAAGUAAAAAGAUCGAACUUUGCAAACAUGUUUUGUCAGGGGUCGAGUAUCUACAUAAUAGAGACAUUUUGCAUCGUGACCUCAAACCAAGCAAUAUUCUCUACAAAACCAAACCUCAUUGCUUGAAAAUAGCUGACUUUGGUCUUAGUCGUUGUAUGUCCAAUACAGCUACAACAGUUUAUGGGACCAACGCCGGGACUCGAUGUUGGAUGUCGCCAGAAGUAAUGGAAGGUCAUAGUCCAUCCARUUCUUCGGACAUCUUCUCAUGCGGACUUGUUUUGCACUAUAUUUUGACACUUCAAAAGCAUCCAUUUGCUCCAGCUGAAAGCGCACUUGAGAAUCUCCGCGACAUUCACCACACAGAAGCUAACAUACUAAAAGACAACAUGGAAGGGUGGGAUCAAUCGUUGCCACCUGAAGUGACUCACCUCCUGAAAGAGAUGUUAGGAUGCAAUGAUAAGAAGAGGCCUACUGCACCUCAGGCGUUAGCUCAUCCGAUGUUCUGGCCAGAAACGAAGAAGAUGGAUUUUUUCGUCGCUGUUGGAAAUCAGCCGGAAUUCACAUGCCCGCGUUACAAACGACAUUCCUUGCAUGUAACUGCAGAGGUCGAGAAAGCACUAGAAGCACAAUUCUCAACAAUUGUUAAAUAUCCUUACGUUGCUUGGAACGACCCAGGGUUUGCUAAAAUGACCGUAAUUUACACGGAAAUGGCCAAAUACACAGGUCGAACGUAUGAUACCAAAUCGGCGGUUGAGCUGGUGCGUUUUGUGAGAAACUCUGCCCAGCAUGUAUCUGAUGCGUCUCGACCAGAGUAUUUCAAGCAACUUGUGCUUGAGGAUUUUGCAUUCUUGGAAGAAUUCCCAAACCUCCUGAUUGAAGUCUUUAAAGCUGUAACCAGUCAUGAAUGGGACAAAGACCGAGAGGAAAUUAAAUCUGCCAUUGCAAAGAAGAAGGAGCUGUGAUUGGCCUACCAAAGUGGAUGGCACUCUUCACACCAACCUGUGAUAGCUGCAGUAAUAGAGUCCACAUGGCCUGCUUCAUCUUUAAAAAAUUAGCUGUGUCUUUGCAUCGAGCAAGAUGGCCGUUGAGAUUGCAAUUAUAGAAAUCUUCUUUUACGCCUACAGGAAAUUAUUCUAUUGUUCUAUAUCUAUCAUUGCAAGCUCAAAAUGGCACAGGGAACUGUGAAGAUUAUUGUCAGAGCUGACAUAACACUUGAGUUCCAUUCAGAUUCCACACACAUUGUAGAUAUAUAUCAUACACUACAUGUAYAUUAUUGAACUAUUAUAAAGAAGUAACUUUAGCUAUUUUCAAUCACACAUAUGCAUGUAAUUCACUAAAAAUAGUUUAGAUAUCAUCUAAAGACAGAAAUCCAAAUUGAAAAAUUAAAAAGAUAUAUAUUUUAAUCUUAAAAGAUUCCAUUAUAAUUUUGUUGUAAAUGACAAUAUUUAUACAGUAUAGUCACCUGUAGCUCAWAAUCCAGCCUGUAGAAAAGUCAAGAUAGUGAUUGACAUUGUAAAUAAAACAUUUAACCUAGUCAAGUGUAUGUAUCGUUAGUGUAAAUGAAAAAAAUUGGGCUACCUGUGUUGAACACAGCGGGAAAAGMUGUCUUAUCUGAUUUUGAACUAAAAUAGAUUUCUAAAAGAGUUAAUAUAAUACAACUCAAUUCAAAAACGUUGUCUGAGAUUUAGGGAUUUAGGAGCUAGGUAAUUCAUCAAAACAUAGUUGAUGUUAACAUUAAACUAUGAUUAAAAGAUGAAGCUGAAAGCCGAAAAUUUA